AUGACACAGACACUCACAAACACACUAGUCCUAACCGGCCUCAUCAGUCCCGCGCACUUCACGCCAUCCUCGCUCGCGUACCUGCGCUCGGCGAUCGAUAUCGCGGCCGAAGACCCCGACGCGCUCGUCCAUUUCGGGCCGUUGCCGACCUUUGCGCGCGUCGUGCUCGUGUUUCGAACGGUCACGGCUGCGUUGCGGGUGCAUCUUGCGCUGGAUCGGAGGUGUGUUCCUGUUCACGUUGGUGAGCAGCAGCAGCAGCAGCAGCAGCAACAUCAAGAGCAGCAGCAGCAGCAGCAGCAGACGAGACUACGCACAUUCUUCUGCGCAGACAAUACUCCGGUCGACGCACUCUUACAACACAGAAAAACAAGCAGUCUCGAACUUCCUGACCCCGGAAAACUAUUCCUGAUCUCGCCGCCGCCGUCGCCGCCGCCGGGGUGGGUGGCGACGGAGGAAGAGCCGCCGAAUAUGAAUGUCGGGGUUGACGCCGACGUGCUUGCGUCUGUCUUGUCUAAGCUCGCUACUGUUGAGAUUGAUGGUAGUGAGGGGACUGACGAUGUGAAUCGCAAUAUGAAGGAGGGGGGAGAGGAGUAUGGAGUGGGAAAUGGGAAGGGUGCGUCGAUCGUGAUUAUGGAGGCAGAUUCGAGGAGGAUGCAGCCUGGGAUCGUCGUGAGUGAUCACAGCGAUGGCGAUGAGUUCUUGCCGUUUGGAAGACAGACGUUGCCGAGGACUGCUGUUCCUUAG